UACAUGUAUUCUCCCGCCCUUGUAACUUCUGGCUGCUGGCCGUCGUUCUCAAGAGGCGCAGCCAGUAGAAGCCCAACACAAGAACUUUUCUGGUUUUGUUAGAGCCUAACAUUUGUUCUUUUACAAGUUGUAUGAAUUUCAUAGAAUUUUAGAUAUGGAAAAUUCCCAUGAUAAUCAUUUGCACAAACAUGAUGAUAGUGAUCAUGAUAAUGAUAUAGAUGGUGAUAUUGAUGCUACCAUCAACAAUCCAGCUCCUUCUACCCAGCCCGGGGAAAGACCAUACCAGGCUGAUGAUGAAACAGAAAGAACAAGUUCUUGGCUAAAAAUCCGAAUUGUUGUACAAGAACAUGCAUGAUGCAUGCAUGGUUUCUGUGUUUGGCCACUACUAAUUUUAACCAGUUUUGCUUUUUGUUCUGAUGUUUUCUCGGAACAAAUUAUGUUUUUGAAUUAUGGCCUAGAUUUUAUUUUUUUGAUUCAUUGUUGUUUAGGGAGGAAGCCGGAGUGAAAUAAGUGAAGAAGCGGUGUGGAAUCAGCCAAACCUAGUUGUCCAGAUUGCGGAGAGGAGUCAUGAGAGCUCUUCUGCAGAGAACUCUGUGAAAAUAAACAUUGCCAGAACUCCCAGUAGAAUGAACCUUCCAAGUACCCCUAGCUCUUCUAAAACCAAUGUGCCUUCGAGUCCAUUUGCUCAAGGUAGAUCAUCCUUUAAAGGCCUCUUUCCGAGACUGAAUCUCAAAAUGAGGGACACCAAUGCAGGUUCACCAUCAUCACAACAUAAGUCUUCCCCAAGGACUUUUUCAAUCUCAAACCUAUUUACAACCAAAAUGAAGGUAGCAGCCUCUUUACCGGUAUCACCAGUUGCACACUCGAAUCCUGGGUCUACACAUGGGGGGAAAUCAACCAAUUCACGGAGUACAUUUAAAAACGGAAACAUUCAUAGAUCACAAUCAGUCCCGGACCUAAUUAAAGGCACACAGUCGGAUUCUUUAGGGGGUGUAUUUCGUGUAAUUCCAGCUACUCCCCAUGUGGAAGGAGAAACUGGUGCAGCAUCAAUUUCUAAUCAGCCUCUGGAUGCUGAUGAAAAUGAUGAUGACCAUGAACACAUAGCGGAAGAAGAAGCCGUUUGUAGAAUCUGCUUUGUAGAACUAGAGGAGGAUGGAGAUACCUUUAAGAUGGAGUGUAACUGCAAAGGUGAUCUUGCCCUGGUGCACAAAGAAUGUGUAAUCAAAUGGUUUAGCAUCAAAGGUAACAAGACAUGCGAGGUUUGCAAGCAAGAGGUUCAAAAUCUACCUGUCACCCUUUUACGGAUACAAUCUAAUAGAAGCCGUAGAAACAGACCGAGACCUGCUCAAGCUAAUCAAAACAGUAUUUUGCAGAAUGUGCCUGUACUAGUCUUGGUUAGCAUGGUCUGCUACUUCUGUUUUCUGGAGGAACUUUUGUCUUCAGGAUUAGGAUCAACUGCAAUAGCCAUAUCUUUGCCGUUUUCCUGCGUGAUAGGUAUCCUGGCAUCCAUAGCAUCGACAACAAUGGUACGGAAAUCAUUUGCCUGGUUAUACGCAACCAUGCAGCUGGCAUUGGUGGUCCUCUAUGCACACCUCUUCUAUAAAGUGCUAGGCGUGCAGGCAAUCUUGUCUGUUUUUCUUGCAGCAUUUUGUGGAUUCGGAACUGCAAUAGUCGGAACCAUCAGCCUGAUUGGACUCAUAAAAAUGAUAAACGGAUCGCAAGAAGCAAGCCUGCCGGAGCAGUCAUCUGGUUCUCCGCGAGAGACUUGAAUCACGGUACCCAAAUGCACCAAGCAACUGCCGAGUCAUCUGGUUCUCCGCGAGAGACUUGAAUCACGGUACCCCUAAUGCACCCAGCAACUGCCUGCCGGAGCAGUCAUCUGGUUUUCCGUGAGAAACUUGAAUCACGGUAACCCAAAUGCACCCAGCAACUGCGCACAAAAUGUUUGUUGGUUCUUCAUGUAAAUUUAUUAGGUCUUCAGAUAGAAGCUUGAACCACACCAAGGAAAGAUGAAAAACCAUAGUAUAGUCCAUAUAUUAAUGGGAGUAAUUCUAUCGUAGCAAGUACGUAAUAUAUAUUAGCAAUUUUCUGUA